AUGAAGCUCCUGCGGCUCUUCGUGGCCAUGCUGCUGCUGACGCACUGGGGGUCCUGCAUGCUGAUCCUGCUCGUGCGGACCUACAACUACCCGCGGCUGUCCUGGGCCGUGCUCUGGGAGCUGCUCGAGGCGGGCUCGGGCCGCCCCGUGGUCUCCGUGUCCCACGCCUACUCCUGGGGCUGCUACAAGACGCUGCUCCUGGUCGUGGGCCAGGGCUACCUCGACUUCCCCUCCGGCCAGGCGUGCCACACGACGACGGGCUGGUGCCUCAUCGAGUCGUGGACGACGCUCGUGGGCAUGUUCCUGGGCUGCAUCUUCAACGCCUACGCCGUGGCGUCGUUCACGGCGAUGAUCGUCGCGUCGAACGUGUCCACGCAGGAGUUCGAGGAGCAGCUCCUGCGGACGAACGAGUACAUGCGGUCGCUGCACCUGCCGUCGGAGCUCCGCGACCGCAUCCGCGAGUACUACCACCACCGCUGGCACGAGGGCAAGAUCUUCGACGAGACGCUCAUCCUCGAGCGCCUCAACCCGGAGCUCUGCAUGGAGAUCCUGGCCUACAAGAUCCGCGAGCUCGUGCCCAAGGUCCCGAUCCUGCGGACGGCCUCGAAGCGGUUCUCGGAGCUUUUGGCGAAGUCCAUGGACCCGCAGGUCUACGUCGAGGGCGAGUGCGUCGUCUCCGAGGGCGAGCGCGGCGACACGCUCUACUUCAUCGACAAGGGCCUGUGCGAGAUCCUCGUCGCGGCCGUCGCGAACGAGGUCGUGCGCGUGCUCGGCGACGGCUGCUUCUUCGGCGAGGGCGCGGUGAUCCUCAAGCUCAAGCGCACGGCGACGAUCCGGUCGAAGCACAUCAUGUCCCUCUACUGCGUCAAGGCCGAGGACUUCGAGAACACCAUCGCGGAGUACCCCGACGUGUCGUCGUACGUCGAGCGCAUCGCCAAGCGGCGCGUCGAGCGCAUCCAGCAGCUCCACAUCAACGCGCGGCUCUCCAACGGCACGGAGCUCAUGGACGCCGAGGACGACGAGGACGUGCGCACGCCCCUGUUCCGCGCGGCGAACACGCGGGCCCACAACCUCGGCCGCACGACGAAGAUGCACGAGACGCCCGCGGUCCCGCUGGGGCACAUGGGCAAGACCGCGGCCUUCAACCGCUUCAAGACCGCCAUGCUGGGGGUCGCGCCGGGGGCCAAGUAA